GCAUUUCUAUGUGAUUGCAUACCAUUAGAGAAAAUACAUUGAAACUUCCUAAUAUCUAAAACAUACGAAAUACUUCAUAUUAACUUGUAAGAGAUUUAUUUUUAAAAUACUAACAUAUGGAGAUGAUUGGGCUGAAAGAACUCUGCUCUUAAAUCUAUAGACUAAAUAUUAUUUUUAAAAAAGAGCAAAGUAAGGUAAAAUGUAGUUUAUAUGUAAUAUCAGUUAUAGCCAUCUUUUGAUAUUCUAUAGAAUUUGAAAGCCAGUAAGAAAGAAAAUACUGCUUUCAAAGAAAUAAUAAGCUUCCCUACUUAGAUUUGAAAAUGUAUUAUGAAAUGUAUGUGAUCAAAAUGGAAAAGUGAAUUGAUUACUACAAUAACCUCUCAUAAAAAAUUCGCAAUAACACAAUGGUGAGAGGAAAAUCUCAUUUGAUAUUUCUUUUAAACAAUAGAUUUGAAUGCCCACUGUGGAUUGGAUGCCCUUGAGGAAACACAACUGUCAUCCAGAUUUGGGUGACAUGGCUAUCAAAGUUAAAGUAUUGCCAGUAAUUCUCUUGAUUUGUGCUGUAUAGAAUUAAUUGCAGUAAAUUCAAUAUAGGAAAGUUCAGGAGAAUAUAUUUUUGGCCCAUUGGACUCAGUCUUGAUGGGGGAGAUAUACUCCUGGGUAUUUUUUCAAAAUACAGGAUACCAUCAAAAUAAGAUUACUAUAAAAAUGAGACUUGUAUUUAGUCUACUCUGAUAUUAUACUUAAAUGAAAUUAAGGUAAUAAGGGAAAGAUGGCAUAUACAAAUGUUUGUUUGUUAUCCAAAAUAUUUAAAACUAUUGCUACAACUUGAUUAGUGGCAGAAACAGAGGUACAGAGAUUUUAACAAAAGGAAAGAGAAUGUAUUACCUCCAUUAUCAAUGAAAGAAACAUAAACUUAACAUAUAAUUGUGAAUCGUGCAGUGUUUGCAUGAUUUUUAGAAAAAAGCUUUUAUGUUUUUACAGUAAAAACAUAAGAACAUAGGAAAUGAUAUGUCUUGUUAAAGGUAAAUACGACAAUAUGAAAUGGUUAUUUUUUUUUGUUCCAUUUGACGAACAACUUAUUUAACUCAAAAACAAUGUAAUUUAUGCAAGAACAAAAGUCCUAUAAGCAACAAAGUGAAGUUGCUUCAGUUAUUUUAGAAGAAAAAUAAGUUUGCUCCAAUUUUUUUCUCCUUAAAGAAACAAGGUCCAACUAAUCCAAUGCUAUUUCAUCUUGUUCGAGAUGUCAAACAGGGAAAUCUUCCUCCAGGAUACAAGAUCACUCUAAUUGAUAUAGGACUUGUCAUUGAAUAUCUUAUGGGAGGAACCUAUAGAUGCACCUACACUCGGAAACGUUUUCGAUUAAUAUAUAAUAGUCUUGGUGGAAAUAAUCGGAGGUCUGGCCGAAAUACCUCCAGCAGCACUCCUCAGUUGCGAAAGAGUCAGGAAUCUUUUGGCAAUAGAGCAGAUAAAAAGGAAAAAAUGAGACAUAAUCAUUUCAUUAAAACAGCACAGCCCUACCGACCAAAGAUUGAUACAGCUGUGGAAGAAGGAAAGAAAAAAAGAACCAAAGAUGAAAUUGUAGAUAUUGAUGAUCCAGAAACCAAGCGCUUUCCUUAUCCACUUAAUGAACUGUUAAUUUGGGCUUGCCUUAUGAAGAGGCAGGUCAUGGCCCGUUUUUUAUGGCAGCAUGGUGAAGAAUCAAUGGCUAAAGCAUUAGUUGCCUGUAAGAUCUAUCGUUCAAUGGCAUAUGAAGCAAAGCAGAGUGACCUCGUAGAUGAUACUUCAGAAGAAUUGAAACAGUAUUCCAAUGAUUUUGGUCAACUGGCGGUUGAAUUAUUAGAACAAUCCUUCAGACAGGAUGAAACCAUGGCUAUGAAAUUGCUCACCUAUGAACUGAAAAACUGGAGUAAUUCCACCUGCCUUAAGUUAGCAGUUUCUUCAAGACUUAGACCUUUUGUAGCCCACACCUGUACACAGAUGUUGUUAUCUGAUAUGUGGAUGGGAAGGCUGAAUAUGAGGAAAAAUUCCUGGUACAAGGUCAUACUAAGCAUUUUAGUUCCACCUGCUAUAUUAAUGUUAGAGUAUAAAACUAAGGCUGAAAUGUCUCAUAUUCCACAAUCUCAAGAUGCCCAUCAAAUGACAAUGGAAGAUAGUGAAAACAACUUCCAAAACAUAACAGAAGAGAUUCCCAUGGAAGUAUUUAAAGAAGUAAGAAUAUUGGACAGUAAUGAAGGAAAAAAUGAAAUGGAUAUACAAAUAAAAUCAAAAAAGCUUCCAAUCACACGAAAGUUUUAUGCCUUUUAUCAUGCACCAAUUGUAAAAUUCUGGUUUAACACGUUGGCAUACUUAGGAUUUCUGAUGCUUUAUACAUUUGUGGUUCUUGUACAAAUGGAACGAUUGCCUUCAGUUCAAGAAUGGAUUGUUAUCGCUUAUAUUUUUACGUAUGCUAUUGAGAAAGUCCGUGAGAUCUUUAUGUCUGAAGCUGGAAAAAUAAGCCAGAAGAUUAAAGUGUGGUUUAGUGAUUAUUUCAAUAUCAGUGAUACAAUUGCCAUAAUUUCUUUCUUCAUUGGAUUUGGACUAAGAUUUGGAGCAAAAUGGAACUUUGAGAAUGCAUAUGAUAAUCAUGUUUUUGUGGCUGGAAGAUUAAUUUACUGUCUUAACAUAAUAUUUUGGUAUGUUCGUUUGCUAGAUUUUCUAGCUGUAAAUCAACAGGCAGGACCUUAUGUAAUGAUGAUUGGAAAAAUGGUGGCCAAUAUGUUCUACAUUGUAGUGAUUAUGGCUCUUGUAUUACUUAGUUUUGGUGUUCCCAGAAAGGCAAUACUUUAUCCUCACGAAGCCCCAUCGUGGACUCUUGCUAAAGAUAUAGUUUUUCAUCCAUACUGGAUGAUUUUUGGUGAAGUUUACGCAUAUGAAAUUGAUGUUUGUGCAAAUGAUUCAGCUAUUCAUGGUAUCUGUGGUCCUGGGACAUGGUUGACGCCAUUUCUUCAAGCAGUCUACCUCUUUGUACAGUAUAUCAUUAUGGUCAAUCUUCUUAUCGCAUUUUUCAACAAUGUGUAUUUACAAGUGAAGGCAAUUUCCAAUAUUGUAUGGAAGUACCAACGUUAUCAUUUUAUCAUGGCUUAUCAUGAGAAACCAGUUCUGCCUCCACCACUUAUCGUUUUCAGCCAUAUAGUUUCUCUGUUUUGCUGCAUAUGUAAAAGAAGAAAAAAAGAUAAGACUUCAGAUGGACCAAAACUUUUUUUAACAGAAGAAGAUCAAAAGAAACUUCAUGAUUUUGAAGAACAGUGUGUUGAGAUGUAUUUUAAUGAAAAAGAUGAUAAAUUCCAUUCUGGGAGUGAGGAGAGAAUUCGUGUCACUUUUGAAAGAGUGGAGCAGAUGUGCAUUCAGAUUAAAGAAGUUGGAGAUCGUGUCAACUAUAUCAAAAGAUCAUUACAGUCAUUAGAUUCUCAGAUUGGCCAUUUGCAAGAUCUUUCAGCACUGACUGUAGAUACAUUGAAAACGCUCACUGCCCAGAAAGCUUCAGAAGCUAGCAAAGUUCACAAUGAAAUCACACGAGAAUUGAGCAUUUCCAAACAUUUGGCUCAAAACCUUAUUGAUGAUGGUCCUGUAAGACCUUCUGUAUGGAAAAAGCACAGUGUUGUAAAUACACUUAGCUCCUCUCUUCCUCAAGGUGGUCUUGAAAGUAAUAAUCCUUUUCUUUGCAAUAUUUUUAUGAAAGAUGAAAAAGAUUCCCAGUGUAACAUAUUUGGUCAGGAUUUACCUGUAAUACCCCAGAGAAAAGAAUUCAGUUAUCCAGAGGCUGGUUCCUCUUGUGGUGCCUUAUUCCCAAGUGCUGUCUCUCCUCCAGAACUGCGACAGAGACUCCAUGGGAUCGAAACUUUAAAAAUGUUUAGUAAAAAUCAAAAGUCAGGCAACUCAUCUAAUAGCAUACCACAUCUAUCAACUCCACCAACAAAACUUUUUGUUAGUACACCAUCCCAGCCAAGUUGCAAAAGCCACUUAGAAACUGUAACCAAAGAUCAAGAAACUGUUUGUUCUAAAGCUGCAGAAGGAGAUAAUAUAGAAUUUGGAGCAUUUGUAGGACACAGAGAUAGCAUGGAUUUACAGAGGUUUAAAGAAACAUCAAACAAGAUGAAAGAAAUGUUAUCUGGCCAGGAGAAUGAUGUAAGAAAUACGAUUGUGGAGUAUUCGGAGAUGCCUACUUAUCAGAAUGAUAUUCCGUCUGAAAACACUUUGAAACACAUGAGUUCUCAUGCUGGAUUUUCUGAGUGUCACAAAACCUCUAUUCCUCUCCAUUCAGAACAAGUGAAAAGUAGCAGUAGAAGGCCAUCUACAGAAGACACUCAUGAAGUAGAUUCCAAAGCAGCUUUACUACCGGAUUGGUUACAAGAUAGACCAGCAAACAGAGAAAUGCCAUCUGAAGAAGGAACAUUAAAUGGUCUUGCUUCUCCAUUUAAGCCAGUUAUGGAUACAAAUUACUAUUACUCAGCUGUGGAAAGAAAUAACUUGAUGAGAUUAUCCCAGAGCAUUCCAUUUACACCUGUGCCUCCAAGAGGUGAGCCUGUCACAGUGUAUCGCUUGGAAGAGAGUUCUCCCAACAUACUGAAUAACAGCAUGUCUUCUUGGUCACAGCUAGGUCUCUGUGCCAAAAUAGAGUUUUUAAGUAAAGAGGAGAUGGGAGGAGGUUUACGAAGAGCUGUCAAAGUACAGUGUACUUGGUCAGAACAUGAUAUCCUCAAAUCAGGACAUCUUUAUAUUAUCAAAUCUUUUCUUCCUGAGGUGAUUAACACUUGGUCAAGUAUUUAUAAAGAAGAUACAGUUCUGCAUCUCUGUCUCAGAGAAAUUCAACAACAGAGAGCAGCACAAAAGCUCACAUUUGCCUUCAACCAAAUGAAACCGAAAUCCAUACCAUAUUCUCCAAGGUUCCUUGAAGUUUUCCUGCUGUAUUGCCAUUCAGCAGGACAGUGGUUUGCUGUGGAAGAAUGUAUGACUGGAGAAUUUAGAAAAUACAACAAUAAUAAUGGUGAUGAAAUUAUUCCAACUAAUACACUGGAAGAGAUCAUGCUAGCCUUUAGCCACUGGACUUAUGAAUAUACAAGAGGGGAGUUACUGGUACUUGAUUUACAAGGCGUGGGUGAAAAUUUGACUGACCCAUCUGUGAUAAAGGCAGAAGAAAAGAGAUCCUGUGAUAUGGUUUUUGGCCCAGCAAAUCUAGGAGAAGAUGCAAUAAAAAAUUUCAGAGCAAAACAUCACUGUAAUUCUUGCUGUAGAAAACUUAAACUUCCAGAUCUGAAGAGGAAUGACUAUACACCUGAUAAAAUUAUAUUUCCUCAGGAUGAGCCUUCAGAUUUGACUCUUCAGCCUGGAAAUUCCACCAAAGAAUCAGAAUCAACUAAUUCUAUUCGUCUGAUGUUAUAAUAUUACUGAAUCACUGGUUUUGCUUGCACCUCACAAAAAUGUUACUGUGUCACUUUUCCUUUAGGAGAAAAUUAUUUGGUAAUACAGAAAAGUGUGUGCUAAUUGAAUAUGCUGGAUCUGGCACAGUUAAAAGGUCAAUACUCUUUUGACCUGAUUAAAGUCAGUCAGGAACUCCCUAUAGCAUACAGCUGGCAGCUGUUAAAUUUUACAAGUAAAGAAAAAAAUAGUAUUUAUAUCUUUUAAAGGGCUCUUUUUAACAGAGGAUUUCAUUUGACUUUGUUCUGUUGAGGGUAAUACUCUCUCAUUGUGUGGUGCAAUACCAUUAACCAAAGUUAGGUGUCCGUCAGAUUUUAUUGGCAGCUGGUUUACUGCCAUUCAGCCAGCAAAAUGAAGAAAUCACCCAGUCUUUUGGUUAAAUGGCAGUCAGACGUCUUCCUCAGUGUGUUUUAGUAUGUUUAUUGAUGAUGUCACUAGUUCCCAGCUAGAUGCUUGUUGGCCAUGGGAAAGGAGAUGGCUUGUAAUAAUUCUAGAUAUACAGGGAUAUAGGGAGCCCAAGCUGAAAACCAUUUUCUAAGAGGGACUUUAUGAAUCAGGGUUAGGCGCCUAUUUAAAAGAUAGAGCCAGUUUUUGUUAAAUAGAGCCCCAGUUGUGCAGAAUUAUUAGUAUUUUUUUUAAACAUUAUUUUAUCAAGUCAUUGUUAAGUAGAAGAAAGCCAUGAUAGACUGGUAUAACCUAAAUAUAUCAAAGGAGAAACUUAACUCACUGUUCAAGAGAAGUUACCUUGUGAGGAAAGUUAAAGUGCUUUUUUUCCUAUCUAUAUCUGUAGUGACAACUUGGAAGUUACAUACUUCUCCAAAGAUUUUAUUGACCAGUAUAUCAAAUUAGAAUGUAAACAUGAAUUCUUGCAUAUAUUUAAAAUUGUGUAAGGACAUUUGAACAUGAAUAUUGUCUGUGGUACUUAAGAAAUUGAAUUGGAUUAUCAUUAUGUGAUGUCGGGAGAUUGCAAUGCAACUUUAUGCCAAUAAAAUGUAAUUUAACUGCCCCAGAUAUUGUUGAAUAUUCAACAACAAGAAAAGCUUUUUAUGUGACUGAAGUUUUAUGCUUUGAUUUUUUUCCUUUUUUUUUUCCUUUUUGUUUUUUCUUAGGUACUAAUUUUAAUUUUUAUUUGAGAGGGAGCAGUGGAAAUCUUAUUUGUAUUCAGUAGUGUAUCUCAUAGAUACAGACAAGACAAAAAGAGAUAAGCUGUUCAAAUAGUGUUUAAUAUUGAUGGGGGGAGAAAAAAGUAUAUUAAAGAUAUUAUACUAUAUACAUUUUGUAUAUCAUUAAAUCUUUAAAAGAAAUUAAAUAAAUUUAUUCUUGUUUACACA